CGGAACUACAACUCCUUACUAGUUUACAGCAUACUAGUGCUAUUGGAAUUGCUGUCGUGCUCCUCCUCGUCCUCGUGGUUAGGUAAGGUGGAUGCAACUCAAAAAAGACCCAAUAAUGCUUGGAGGUGGUGUGCGUUCACCGUCGAGUCAGGACGAAACAAGGCGUGACCCAUGCGAGAAGGACGGCAGAGACAAGCAAAGGAGUGAAGAAGAGGCUAGGAGUACGCCGCGUAAAAUUGCAGUCAAAGUCGUGUUGCCUGGACUAAAGGAGGUUACUGAAGCCGAGAGUCCUGACUACACCAGUGCCGAAAGUGACCGACGAUGUCGGACACAGGACGACAUUACGGAAGAAGACGUGAUGUUUUCUGAUACAGACCACGCAGUGACCACUGCCUCUACAUCAUCUUCAUGGAGAACGACGCCCCGAACCUCGUCAACAUCAAUCAGCAGCGACUCCUCAAGCGGGGCCUCGUCGAUGUCCAUCUCUGCAGACAUAGAUGACGCGCAAGAACAUGAACGCCAAAUGAAUGUCGAGGAUAAUGGGAAUACCGACAUCAUUUGCAAGGAGACCCCUGGUGCUGGUGUCUCCAUCCCUCAGGAAAUGUGCAUGGAGAUCGCAGGCUUUGCCGGUCCAUUUGCUGAUAUUUUGGCCGAAGUGAGCAAGGACAUGCGGAAAGCAACACGACCGUUGCGUCGCUGGAGAACAUGUACUAGAACGUUGUUGUUCAUGUUCAUGUUCUAGAAUUAGAAUCGCGUUUAACUGAUUAAACGUUGCCGUGAGCUAGAGGAGCGCUGCACGCACACGCUCUACAGCGUACGUAUGCACGUAGCCCUGCUUGUGCACCUGCUCUAUUCAUGCCUAAGGUUCGAACUAAGAAAGUGGGGAGAUUAAGAAUGAGCGACGCGAUCCUGUUGCCGUGAUCGGCACCGGCAUCCAGACGACUGACAAGUCCGUCGCCACCGUUCGCAGAUUGUGCAAUCGCGCUCCGCAAAGGCAGAAACCGGCCGGAACCAGUCUGCUCAAGGAGCAGCCCGAGUGAAAAACUCGGGCAUCGUCGAUCAUGCUCCAUUUGUUUUACUGAAAAACUGCGAAUCUCGGAACGAGAUGCGUCACCUCACUCCCGAGCUCACCAAUUUCAAAAGGACCGCCCAACAAACCAUCCGCCACUUCUUGUAAUGAAAUCCGCCAAAUAUUGUCCAGCACUGGAUCCUCUAAGUAUAGUCCUGGUUUCGGUCUAGUCAGAAGCCUAGCUUUUUCACAUCGCCGGACCAAAUCUGGAACGGAGUCGCCUGCCUCUUUCGCCUUGCGAAAUGGCCACGACUUCGGGCAAAAGACGCGCGCACCACAGGUGCCUCCCUUCAAAACAAGGCUCCAGGCUGUCGGAUCCUCGGGGUGAAAGAGCCCAUUAUUUAAGUCUCCGCAACAGCUUGCUCACGUUCUUAAAGCCCAGGACUCUACUAUCCUCGAAAUCGAUAGCCCUCCAAUCAUCCGCAGAGGAUGCUGGAGAAAAAGACUCUGCUUCAAGUUCAUCUAACAUCGCCCGCCCUUCUUCGAGUGUGCUAGAAGUAGGCCGAAGCCGGCGGAUGGUCUCCAAAUUUGCCGGAUCAGUGACGUACUCAGGAGCGCGCACCUUCAAGGCUGCCACAUCAUUCAGAAUCCUGCCAGUGUAAUCCUCUGCCGAUCGCACGGCACGCCUCAAAGCGGCCCUUUCAGCUUUGAUGGACUUCACAUUCUUCCCGCAAGCCUUUUUUUUUUUGAAACUCAGCUCUCUACUCGAUAAAGUGAAGACCUCUCACUCUCCCGACUCAAAACACCAGCAGAGCUCAUCGCUGGACAUUAUCUGCAACCAAAUAACUUAUUGAGAAAAGAGACAACGAGUGCUAAUGGCAAGGAGGCUGAGCUCCAGCGACUUGCUCUGCCGUCGGAAGCGUAACGUCAGACCGCAGUCGUGACGCUGGCGAGCCUUCUUAAAGCAAAGCUUAUCGCCCCCACAUCGAAGCUUUAUAUCGGGUCACUUCACGCUAAGGCCCACCCAGAAGAGGCUCCUAGCCAGGAGCUAGCCUUAUUUUUCAAGAAAACAACCACGCUCCAACUGGAGCUAAGUUCCGGGGUGCUCUUCCUUGCCAUGAGCACCCUUUUGAACAAGUUUUAGGGGCUUACUCAAUAUUUCUAUUCGGAACUUAAGUGCAACUUUUCCAUUUUCAUAAAUUCUGAAAGCUCCUUCUUCUAGCACAAAUACAUAGCAGUUAGCACGACUAGCCACUUCCUUGUUGUAGAAGUCCACACGUGCUCCUCACACUUGCUCGUACCAUCAAACUCCGCUGUCUAACUAUCAUCAGGCAUCGACUGUAGCACUGCAUACCGUGAGUGCGACCAACAAGAGGGAAUGGGGCGGCGAGCUCGAACCGGGUGCCCCUAUCAUACUGGAAAACCAGUUCAGUGGACAUGGGAAGGCGAAAAAAUGCCUGGCUUUCAAUGGGACUGCUGUCCGCAUAGUUUCGUUUUUAUGGCCUCUAGAAGACGCUUCGUCUUCCCUGUUCGUUGUCUCCGACCAAUACUUCUUGCGGAAAUCAUUUCUUUCUCCCUCAGAUAUUGAGUAGUAGAGAAUUUCGUUCCUCAGAUUGAUUCUUUAGAUUUGCUUUUGCCACUGCUAGUUAACUACUAAGUAGUUAUACUUAUAUUUAUAUCUAUUGUAACUCAAUGCAGCAACGUCUCUCUUGUCCCUUUAUUAUUGCGUUUCAUUAUUGUUGACCCGGAUGGGUUCGGCAUGGAAGACGAGUCUCCUGCCGACGGAGAGAGGAAAUACAAGCUAG